CAGUUCUUUUAUCCAGACCAACAAACACACCAUAGGAGCUUUGUGGAUUCAAAGGAUUUGCUUUCGCUUCUGAAAGAGCCGCUAUUCUUUGAUGAUUGGGUAGCGGCAAACUUCAAAGCCAUAAAUCUUCCCUCUGACUGGCUGGCGGCCCAGCAAAGUCCUUAUCAAAUUCUUGGAGGUGAUCCUGAAGCGCUCAGACCGCGCGCUGGGCGAGCGAGCGGGGUGCGGCGAGGGGCGCGGGCAGGGAGGGCCCCAGCGCGCAGGGCGGGAGCCGGGAAGGGACGCUAGGCGGCCCUUCGUCCUCGCCCUCGGGUCUCCAUGCCUCAGCAGCGCCCUGCUCCGCAGCCAGCGGCCCGCAAGCCGUAGCCAUGGCCGCCGUGGCCGUCCUCCGGAACGACUCGCUGCAGGCCUUCCUCCAGGACCGCACCCCCAGCGCCUCCCCGGACCUGGGCAAGCAUUCGCCCCUGGCGCUGCUAGCCGCCACCUGUAGCCGUAUCGGCCAGCCGGGCGCCACGGCGCCCCCGGAUUUCCUGCAGGUGUCCUACGACCCCGCGCUGGGCUCGCCCUCCAGGCUCUUUCACCCGUGGACCGCUGACAUGCCGGCGCACUCGCCCGGCGCGCUGCCGCCCCCGCACCCCAGCCUGGGGCUGACACCACAGAAAUCGCACCUGCAGCCGUCCUUCGGGGCGGCGCACGAGCUGCCGCUUACACCCCCUGCCGACCCCUCGUACCCCUACGAGUUCUCGCCGGUCAAGAUGCUGCCCUCGAGCAUGGCGGCGCUGCCCGCCAGCUGCGCGCCCGCCUACGUGCCCUACGCGGCCCAGGCCGCGCUGCCCCCCGGCUACUCCAACUUGCUGCCCCCGCCGCCUCCGCCACCGCCGCCCACGUGCCGCCAGCUGUCCCCCAACUCGGCCCCCGACGACCUCCCGUGGUGGAGUAUCCCGCAGGCCGGCAGCGGUCCGGGAACCUCGGGGGUUCCAGGGGGCAGCCUUUCUGGCCCCUGCGCCGGGGCCCCCCACGCGCCGCGCUUCCCCGCUUCGGCGGCCGCCGCUGCAGCUGCCGCUGCCGCGCUGCAGCGGGGCCUGGUGUUGGGCCCGUCGGACUUCGCGCAGUACCAGAGCCAAAUCGCUGCGCUGCUGCAAACCAAGGCCCCCCUGGCGGCCACGGCCAGGAGGUGCCGCCGCUGCCGCUGCCCCAACUGCCAAGCAGCGGGCGGCGCCCCGGAGGCAGAGCCGGGCAAGAAGAAGCAGCACGUGUGCCACGUGCCGGGCUGCGGCAAGGUGUACGGCAAGACGUCGCACCUGAAGGCGCACCUGCGCUGGCACACGGGCGAGCGGCCCUUUGUGUGCAACUGGCUCUUCUGCGGUAAAAGCUUCACGCGCUCGGACGAGCUGCAGCGGCACCUGCGGACUCACACGGGCGAGAAGCGUUUCGCCUGCCCCGAGUGCGGCAAGCGCUUCAUGCGCAGCGACCACCUCGCCAAGCACGUCAAGACGCACCAGAAUAAGAAGCUCAAAGUUGCUGAGGCCGGAGUAAAGCGGGAGGACCCGCGGGACCUGUAAGCCCAUCUAGGGGCUACUCGAGACCUCUCCUGCCUCGGGCUCCCUACCCAGCACCUCUUCGGGGAGGUUGGGCGAGGUGGGGGGGGGGGGGCGCCUGUGGGCAGCCGGCCAAGGGGAGUCCUAACAGAGGCACUUGCCUCUUCCUGCUUGCCUUCCUCCCAGAGCGACGCCAGGCCUCCAACUCCCUGGCCGGCCUGUGGACGGGACCCUGUAUCCGGGAGGAGCAGGGGUGGUAGAGUUGAGAGCUCGGCGCCAGGAAAAAGAGGCUCUCAACCAUUUCCCCCCAAUCUGGGAGACCUGCAUUUAGGGGGAUCCACCCUGGGCUGACCUUUGUGUACAGCAGACGCUACUGAAAUCAAAACGGAAGGACCUUGAGAGAUUUGAAAUAGUGCUCGAGUUUUUUGCUAGGACUCGGCCGGGCUCUGUACAGGUUAUUUAAUAGCUUUCUUAAUAAUUAUAAUAACAUUAAUUAAAAUGUUACUUUUGUCCUCAGCUCCAUGCAGAGCUACAGCAUGAAUUGUCUCUGUAAAGCAAUCAGCAGUUGCAGCGUGAAAAUAAAUACGUUAACUCCGGGGUCACCUCGGCAAGACCCCGCUGA